AUGUGGAAUACAUACGAUUGGAGCCAUUAUGAGUGUAGACUCCAUUUCGAGCUGGACAGGCCUUUGGCGGCGCCUGUUGAUGAUGCACUAGCGGCCAAAGAUGCAGCGGAAGAACCAGACGCGGUCUGGGACACCCCCAGGACCGAGUUGGCCGCACUGGUCGCACUGGAGGAGUCUGUCUCGGCCUCCUGGGCCUCCUUGUCCAGCACCCGCCACAGCCAGGCUGGGUACUCCUCGUCCUUCAAAGCGACGGGCGACUUGCCCGUCUUGAACACGUUGAUGUUGAGCGCCGUGCCUUCCUUCACGGACGACUGCAGCAUUUCCGGGCUGUGUAGAGGUUCCCGUGGAUUAGGCCCUGAUCGGGUAGAACAUGCGGGCAAGAUAGGCGCGCCAGCCGGCGGCGGUGAGCCGGGCUGGUUUUGCGAGCUGGGACUGUGCUGUGAGGAUUCUGCGGAUCUUCCAUUCUCUGUAGGGCAGCAAGGUGAGGCCUCCGAUGAUGCACGUGACGGUGACAAAGAUCUGGCACCAGAAGAACGGGUUGGAUCUGGAGUAGUCCACCAGUUCCAAAGCGAUGACCUCGGAAACCAGGUACGGCAGUCCGGAAACAACGCAGAUGAACGAGAUGGCCGGCACCAUGUCUUUUCCGGACCCAACAGCGUCUGCUGCCAACGAGGUGUAGUUGACCCAGUUUGUGCCGAGAAUGAGGCCCGAAAGGAACGCGAACGCGAGCAUUUGCGAGUACGUGGUGACAAAAACCCAGAACACGCCGCUGAACAGACCCAUGAGCAGCGUGCAUGCGAUGGAGACGUUGGCCCGGCCGAGUUUGUCGGAAAUGUAGCCGAGCGCAGGACGGCCAAUGAGCUGGGCCACGUUCUGCACGGUGGUCACCACGGCGCCCUGUUCGUACGUCAGGCCGAUGGACGUCGAGAACGACGACCGUUGCAUCUCGUGCCACAGAUUGGUGUCCUUGGAGUUGAACGGUUUGCGAGGACGGAUGAACACGAUGGUGAUGGCGAGCAUGGCGCCACAAACGAGCCCCAUCAUGCGCAGAGCCCAGACGUGGCUGCCGGUCCGGUCGAUGAUGGCAUUACAUGA